AUGAGCUCUUAUUUUGUAAACUCAUUUUGCGGUCGCUAUCCAAAUGGCCCGGACUACCAGUUACAUAAUUAUGGAGAUCAUAGUUCCGUGAGCGAGCAAUACAGGGAUUCAGCGAGCAUGCAUUCCAGCAGGUACGGGUACGGCUACAAUGGCAUGGAUCUCAGCGUUGGGCGCUCAGCUUCCAACCACUUUGGUGCCAAUGAAAGAUCUCGCAAUUACCCAGCCACUACCGCCUCUGCGUCGACAGAGCCCAGGUAUAACCAACCUGCAACGUCUUCACAUUCGCCUCCACCUGACCCUCUGCCCUGUACCGCCGUGGCCACUUCGCCUGUCAGCGACAGUCAUCACGGGGUGAAAAACUCCAUAGCUAACUCUACCAGCACUUCGUCCAAUUCCAGCAGCAGCACUCACAUAAGCAGAGAGGGGGUUGGCACGUCGUCUGGCACUGAGGAUGACACCCCAGCAAGCAGCGACCAGGCAAGUGCCCAGAAUGACCAAAGCACAGCUCAGCCUUCACAGCCCCAGAUCUACCCCUGGAUGCGAAAACUGCACAUAAGUCAUGACAACAUAGGGGGACCAGAAGGAAAAAGGGCUCGGACUGCUUAUACCCGAUAUCAAACCCUGGAGCUGGAAAAAGAAUUUCACUUCAAUAGAUACCUGACCCGCAGAAGAAGGAUUGAAAUAGCACAUGCUCUUUGCCUCUCAGAGAGACAAAUAAAGAUCUGGUUCCAAAACAGGAGAAUGAAAUGGAAAAAGGAUAAUAAGCUGAAAAGCAUGAGCAUGGCAGCUGCAGGAGGGGCUUUUCGUCCUUAA